ACGAACAAUAGCUCUUUGUAUUCUUCUAAUAAAUAAUAUUAUGUAUUAACAAGUGAUACAGUGUAUGAAUUAGAAAUAUGAUUAUGACACGCUGAUUCGUUUAAAAUAUUAAUUGAUUUAAGAAAAUAAUACAAAAAUGCACAUUAAAGAAUCUGUACAGAUAUAUUAAACGCGGGAAAUGACACUCACACGUCAGAAUCCUUAUCAAUUCGAUAUAUUCCUAAUUUGACAUCUAAUUUUUAGAAUAAAGGAUAAUAUAAAUAAAAGUAAAUACACCAGGAGGCACCAUAAGUUUAAGAAUGUAACAAAGGAAGUUUAUGGAUUCAAAAUAAUAAAGAAAUAUAUAAAAGGAAAAGUUAACCUUAAAUAACUAUGAGGACAGGAAGUACCCGCCCUUUUGAGUCAGCCAUAUUGUCCAUGUCUUCCGCUUUGAGAAGCGAGUUACAGAAGGGUAGCAAACAAGAUUAAAAGAUUGGUAAUAGUUCUGUAUAGGUUUUCGUUUUUUAAUAUUCGUUCUAUUACUUUAUAAUUACGUACAUUUCUGCCAUAGUGAAAAUGUCAGAGCUUAACACAGAUCAUAUUGACUCUGUGGAAGAAGAACUGGAAGUGGAAUCAAACUACAAGCCUCCACCAGAGAAAACAAUAGAACAAAUUCUAGAAACAGACAAAGAAGAUGAAAGUCUACGCAAAUAUAAGGAAACACUUCUAGGGGAAGCAAAGUCUGGCGGUGUUGUUGUAGAUCCAACUGAUCCAAGAAAAGUAAUAGUGAAGAAAUUAGCACUUUGUGUCGUAGACAGACCAGACAUGGAAUUAGAUUUAACAGAUGAUCUUUCUCAAUUAAAAAAACAAACUUUUGUAAUAAAGGAAGGUGUUAGUUAUAGAAUCAGGAUUGACUUCAUUGUGCAACGUGAAAUUGUGCAUGGUUUAAAGUAUAUUCAGAAGACCUAUCGUCUUGGAGUACCUGGUGUCACAGUGGAUAAGAUGAUGCAUAUGGUUGGCUCUUAUCCACCAAAAACAGAAGUGCAAUCAUAUACUACACCUGCAGAAGAUGCACCGGCUGGAGUAAUGGCACGUGGAUCCUACAGUGUAAGCUCCUUAUUUACCGAUGAUGACAAGCAUGAACAUCUGAAGUGGGAGUGGUCGUUUGAAAUUAAGAAAGACUGGAAAGAAUAAGAUUCCUUUCAUAAUGGAAAAUCUUAUUAACAAUCGCAAUUAAAAUAAAAAUGCCAAAAGGGACUCUAAUUUUAAUAGAUAUUCAGCCGUAAUGCGAUGCCAUAACUGUAUUUUUUAAGUAAUAAGAAAAAGAAUAACGUUGAUAUUUAUUUAGAUACUUUUCCUGAAUCGUAAACCUUGAAAGUAAACAAUUGAAUACAGACCUGCGCGGGUUCGCGCCAGUAUAUAUAUAUAUAUAUACAUACACAUAAGUACACACAGUCUCAUAUACACACACACACACAAAAUUAUGUCAUGCCACCAAAUCAUGUAGACACUAUUUUGUAAUUAUUUAGAUCAUGCACAAUAUUAAUCAUGAUUUGAUUACUCUUGCGGUGUGGUUGCACAUAUUCUUAUAAUUUUUUUUUUGCUUAAAGUAAUUAACAGUGUAAGGUUUUUUAAUGCUAAACAAGGCAUUUACAUAUUACUUUAUUAAAGAUGCUAGGCUCUAUUUUAAUGCAUUUGGUUUAAUAAAAAUGUAUUAAUAAGCAACAAACAUUUUAAUUUAAAGAGAAGUUGUAAUUUUAAUGUUGGGAAUUUAAAAUUAUGUAAAACUUGAAAACAGUGAAAAUUUUUUAGCUAAAAACGCACAUUACUAAUA